AUGUCUUUGCUGCUGUAUCUUGAAGAGAAACAAAAUGGUUUCCUCCUAAAGAAAACCACCAUCAUCUGGGUGAAUGGAGCUGCCCCAGGCUUUGCCACCAUGGCAUGUCUCAGAAUAUGGAUCCAAAGGGCUACUAUAUUCACAGAUUUGACCGCAAACUUAUACUUUGCAGUGGUAAUUUAUAAAUUCUUCACCCUAUUGCUGGAAGAGUGUGGAGGAGAAGAAGCAUUUCUAAAGUACUCUCAAGCAAAGAAUAAUACAUUGAUGAUCAGAACUGGGUCUUGCUGCUGUUGUUACCUUUGCCUGCCCAAAGUAUCUAUUACAUGUACAGUCUGGCCUGUGUCUUUGGUACACAUUGCCUCGCCUAAAUGCAUCUUCCAUGCAAUGAUUGUUUACGCACAGUUGGAGAUCACAGGAGCUGCUGUCUGGAUAAACCCAUUCCUUGGAGUCCUGACCAUUAUUGCUCUGUUGCCUGUGGGCAUCAUGUUCAGUCAUCUAAAACAGACUCUAUGCAGUUGCAAGAUUGUUCCCAAGUAUGCUAUGUACCAGCUGAUUCUGGUACUCAGUCAGUUGCAAGCAGCUAUAAUCAACAUCCUUUCCAUGAAGGGGUUCAUUGCUUGCUCACCACCUUUCUCUUCCAUUGCACAUGGCUCUAUGCUGCACCAGCAGAUGAUGAUCAUGGAGAUGUUUAUCAUCACACUCAUGGCCUGAAUACUGUACAGACACACCUACGAGCCCUUUACCCUGUGGCCACCUGAGAAUGAGAAUGAUUGCAACACAAGAAUCAGCUCUGUAACUACAGGGGAGCAUGUGGCCUGAAAGAAAGAAGGAAGAACAUGGGAGGCAGAAUAUGAUAUAUAUGCUGUAUAUAUAUUUGUGAGAGGUUUACAUAGUAACAUGUAUUGUUGCUAAAUAUCAAUGAUAUCAAGUGUUAGUUGCAGAAAUACAAGAGCAAAAAUCUAAUCAUAUUAAAGAUAGAACGCUAUGACCUUUUGGGUGGUCCUCACAAGGGAAAUGGCAUAUUAAAUGAUGUUUUUUGAAAAUGUAAAAAUGCAAAAAGGU